AUGUUCAAGAAGAUGGCUGUUGGUCCAGAUUCGGGGGGACGGGUAAAGGGAGUGACUAUCGUGAAACCUAUUGUGUUUGGAAACGUCGCACGUUAUUUUGGCAAAAAGAGAGAAGACGACGGACACACUCAUCAAUGGACAGUUUAUGUGAAACCUUACAGAAAUGAGGACAUGUCUGCUUAUGUCAAGAAAAUACAGUUCAAACUGCAUGAAAGUUAUGGAAAUCCUUUAAGAGUGGUUACAAAGCCUCCGUAUGAGAUUACAGAGACGGGAUGGGGAGAGUUUGAGAUCAUCAUUAAGAUCUUCUUCAUCGAUCCAAACGAGAGACCAGUCACUCUGUAUCAUCUGCUGAAGCUCUUUCAGUCAGACUCCAGCGCCAUGCCCAAGAAGACGGUCGUGUCCGAGUUCUACGAUGAGAUGAUAUUUCAGGACCCGACAGCCAUGUUGCAGCAGCUCCUGAACACCACCAGACAGCUGACGCUUGGCGCUUAUAAACAUGAGACCGAGUUUGCAGAGCUGGAGAUACGAACUCGAGAAAAGCUGGAAUCAGCAAAGAAAAAGACGAGUCUGGAGAUCACGGAGCUGAAGGAGAGACUGAAGGCGUCCAGAGAAAACAUCAUUCUGAAGGGAGAGAUCCGCAGACUGGAGGAGGACGACCAGAUGAAGGAGCACUGAGGACAGCAUCAGCU